UAUUAUUAUUAUUAUUAAUAAGAGCUACAAUAGUUUGUGGUAAAAAUUCAAAUUAAAAUUUCGUCAUUUUACGUCAAUAAAAAAAUUGAUUUAUCGCUAAAUAUAAGUGGAUAUUCAUUAACGUCAACUUUAAAUUACAAUAAACACUUCAACCUAAAACCUACAUUUUGGCGGACAAUAAAAGACAAUAUCAGCGUUAUCGCUGCUUAAUUUUUUUUAAAAAUCAUAUUACGUGUCUGUCCCACAUAAUUUCGAUCAUUUUUUAACGUUCCUUGGUAUUAAAAAUGUUGAUUUCCCUAAAAUUUUUCGUACUUGUGGCCUUUUUGGGGUGCAUGGUGAAGGGUAAAGAGGGGGACGAAUUAAAAGCAGUAGUAGUGCUUUUUAGGCACGGAGAUCGUUCCCCACUCAGCUCCUGGCCUAAUGACGUUUAUUACGGAAAUGCUUCUCUUUGGCCAGAUGGAUAUGGACAACUUAAUAACUUGGGCAAAGAACGCCAUUACGAACUAGGCAAAUGGUUCAGACAGAGAUACGAUGAUCUCUUACCCCAGCGGUACAAUCCUAAUGAUAUUUACGUAAAAUCAACUGACGUAGAUAGAACAUUAAUGUCAGCAGCUCAUAAUUUGGCUGGUCUUUAUCCACCGGAAGGAGAUCAGGUUUGGAACAGUAAUAUACCUUGGCAAGCUAUUCCGAUCCAUACUACCCCAAGAAACCAAGACCCUAUACUCACGGGAGAAGUUUCUUGCCCCAAGUUUGACAAACUUUAUAACGAAUACAUGAACUCCGAAGAGUUUCAAGAGUUUAACCGAAAUCUGGCUCCCGUGUUCCAGAACUUAUCAGAAUUCACCGGAUAUUCUCUGGACGAGCUGUCGGUAUCCAGUUUUUCUGGAUUAUUUUCCACCAUCACCAUAUACAAGGGAUUCAACUACCCUUUACCUCAAUGGACCGAUGAGUAUUGGGAUCUCAUCAAGUAUUGGGGUGCCAAGAACUUUCAAUUUUCCACCGGAACGCCCGACUUAGCCAGACUCAGGACCGGGCCAUUUUUCGACUAUUUAUUCAAUUUUUUCGAUUCAGUCAGAAAUUCUACAGUUAGUACGAAAUUCCUUAUGCUGAGUGCCCACGACAGCACCAUCGGGGAACGUCUGAACGCACUGGGGGUGUAUCCAGAUGCCAGUCCAGAGUUCGCCUCCACAGUUAUCUGGGAGAUCAAGAGUAAUUUAAAUGAGUAUUAUGUGAAUAUGUAUUUUAAGAAUAGCACGAAUUUCGAUAAAAUCCUGUUGCCAGGAUGUGAGUUUGAUUGUGGGUUAGAGGAGUUCGCUGAUAUCGUUAAACCUGUGAGGCUGACCGUUCAGGACUGGACCACCGAAUGUUAUGAAUAAUAUGGAAUAAAUCGUUAAUUUAA